AUGGCCUCCUCCCAGCCGGUCGCGCCUCCCAGGCAUAGUCGAGGCUACAGUUUUAGUGGAAAGUCCAAUAAAUCUGGACAGUCGGGCCAUUCCAGCAAGAAAAUCCAACUCACUGAAUCCGCCGACGAGAAGCACCGCCGUCAUCUACAUACCAAAGCCGAUCCGAUGGUCGCUAUGAGCGAAGCGCAACCUAACACGGUUGCCCUCGAGCAGUCCACGCUGGGUUCCUUGCGCACCAUGCAGCACAAGGACCAGUACGGCAAUAUCAUUACUGAUCCCGACCUUUCCAAUCCGACGCGCCCGCGAUUUGAGCGCCCGCUCGAUACCAUCCGUUCCUUUGAAGCUGCGAUAUAUGGAACAUACAGCAGUAGACCUGUUUCGUACGCAAGGACAGAGGAAUCAACACCCGCAACGCCAGAGUACAGCCGACGGGGAAGCUAUUAUGGAGCGCCCAACGGAGGUCAUUCCAGCAGAGCUCAUCACGAUCAGAAUGGCUACCCCAACGGCCGUGGCACCUACUCGCGACCCGACAGCUACGUCGAGAAUGGCAACGGGCAGGCAGACAACUACUACCCCUACAAUCAGGGCGGCGGCAGCGGCCGACCGCGACCACCACGCCAAACACGGAUGAACACCGAACAGAACGGAUAUUCGCAGCACGCUUACCAGAAAUCGUAUGAUAACGUGACAGCUGCAUCUGGCUCAGGGUCUGGCAGCAACGGCGAGGCUUGGGGAAAUUCAACGGACCCGAGUUCGGUGAACAGCUCAAUGGAUCAGUUCCAGCAGCAGCAACAACAACAACAAUAUCAGCAGCAGCAAAUGGCCGAGAGCGUCGGGUUUCAGGGCUUCGGUGCGGGGCCAAACCUCGAAGGUGGCCAGCCCGCAGCUGGAGGACGCAUCAACUUUGGCAGCAGCAAUCCUUCGGCGAUUGAUCCCAACGCUGGAGGUCCUGUUGGAGGUGGUCCACCGCCCACGGCUGCGAACAACCGUCGUCAUUUGCGCAAAGCGACAAACGAUUCCGAGAUGAGCAACGAUUCGAAGCGAAAGAGCUGGUUCAAACGCCGCUUCAGCAAGAACUGA